AUGGCCGAGGACAAGAAGACCGAUGACUAUGCCAUCGAGAUGGACAAGUUGGAUAAGAGCAAGGAAUUCGAGGCUGCUCCUCCGCCGCAGCCCCGUGCCGCCCCGUCCAACAAUAUGUCCAGCAACCCCGUCUUACCAGUGCUCGCAUACUGCGGUUCCUCGAUCAUGAUGACCGUCAUGAAUAAAUACGUCCUCUCCGGGUUGGAUUUCAACUUAAACUUCCUCUUACUGAUGGUUCAGUCUGUCGUCUGUAUCGCUGUCAUUCAAACCUGCAAGUCGGCCGGUCUCAUUACGUAUCGCGAUUUCAGCUCCGAUGAAGCGCGCAAAUGGUUUCCCAUCACCCUGCUCCUUAUUGGAAUGAUCUAUACGGGCUCAAAGGCCCUUCAAUUCCUUUCUAUCCCAGUUUACACCAUAUUUAAGAAUUUGACCAUUAUUCUUAUCGCCUACGGAGAGGUUUUGUGGUUUGGUGGCUCCGUCACUGGCAUGACUCUCUUCUCCUUCGGUCUGAUGGUUCUUAGCUCCAUUAUUGCGGCCUGGGCCGAUAUCAAGCAUGCAGUUGAAACCACCGGCGAUACCUCGAGCAAGGUGUCGACUUUAAAUGCCGGCUACGUUUGGAUGUUGAUCAACUGCCUGUGCACCUCGUCCUACGUCCUGGGCAUGCGCAAACGUAUCAAGCUUACCAACUUCAAGGACUUCGACACCAUGUUCUACAACAAUCUUCUCUCCAUUCCUGUCCUAAUCGUGUUCACUUUGUUGGUCGAGGACUGGUCAGCCGCCAAUCUUGCCCGCAACUUCCCUGAAGCCAACCGUAACGGCAUCAUCAUUGCCAUGGUGGUCUCCGGAGCCUCAUCGGUCUUUAUCUCCUACACCUCCGCCUGGUGCGUACGUGUGACCUCCUCUACUACCUAUUCCAUGGUUGGUGCCCUCAAUAAGUUGCCGAUUGCUCUUUCGGGCUUGAUCUUCUUCGACGCCCCGGUCACUUUCCCCAGUGUGUCCGCCAUUGCUGUUGGUUUUGUCAGUGGUAUCGUUUACGCCAUUGCCAAGAUCAAGCAGAAUGCCAAGCCCAAGACCGGUGUCCUGCCCACCUCCAAUCCUCUGGUCAGUGCCAGCAGCCAGAGCAUGCGGGACUCGCUUCGCUCCUAG